AUGGGCUCGGCGCGCAGGGCGCUGUCCGCGGGGCCGGCGGUCCUGCUGCUCCUCGCGCUGCCCGGGCUGCGGGUCUGGGCGCAGAACGACACGGAGCCCAUCGUGCUGGAGGGCAAGUGCUUGGUGGUGUGCGACUCGAACCCAGCCACAGACUCCAAGGGCUCCUCUUCCUCCCCGCUGGGGAUCUCGGUCCGGGCGGCCAACUCCAAGGUGGCCUUUUCCGCGGUGCGGAGCACCAACCACGAGCCCUCGGAGAUGAGCAACAAGACGCGGAUCAUCUACUUCGAUCAGAUCCUAGUUAACGUGGGUAAUUUUUUCACCUUGGAGUCUGUCUUUGUAGCACCUAGGAAAGGAAUCUACAGUUUCAAUUUUCAUGUAAUUAAAGUCUACCAGAGCCAAACUAUCCAGGUGAACUUGAUGUUGAAUGGGAAACCAGUGAUAUCGGCUUUUGCAGGGGACAAAGAUGUCACCCGUGAAGCCGCCACGAAUGGAGUCCUUCUCUACCUGGACAAAGAGGAUAAGGUUUAUCUAAAACUGGAGAAAGGUAACCUGGUUGGAGGCUGGCAGUAUUCCACGUUCUCUGGCUUCCUGGUGUUCCCUCUAUAA